AUUCUUACUCAACUAAUGCUUGGUUCCAUAUUUGCAGCUAUGUCUACUUAUCUUUAUGUUGUUAAGUCCGAACUUCCUGGUGCUAUUGCAGGACUUCUGAAUGGAGACCAUAGCGGUUCCUGGUAUCUUGAUGGAAGAUUACUGCUGCUGAUUACUUCAGUUUGUAUUGUCUUCCCUCUAGCACUUCUUCCUAAAAUAGGCUUUCUUGGCUACACAAGUAGUUUAUCAUUUUUCUUUAUGGUGUACUUUGCUCUUGUGAUCAUAAUUAAAAAGUGGUCAAUUCCUUGUCCUCUGCCACUAAACUUUGCUACAGGAUUCUCCCAGGUUUCAAAUUCUACUGGAGACUGUAAUGCACAGCUUUUUCAUUUCUCCAAAGAGAGUGCUUAUGCCAUUCCAACUAUGGCUUUCUCAUUUCUCUGCCAUACAUCAGUACUGCCAAUUUAUUGCGAGCUCCAAAGUCCAUCCAAAAGCAGGAUGCAAAAGGUUGCCAACACAGGAAUUGCUCUCAGCUUUCUAGUUUAUUUUCUGUCAGCGCUAUUUGGAUACCUCACUUUUUACAACCAUGUGGAUUCUGAAUUGCUCCAAGGAUACAGCAAGUACUUGCCCCAUGAUAUGGUCAUCAUAACAGUAAAACUGGGAAUCUUCUUUGCUGUGCUGUUGACAGUGCCUCUGAUUCACUUUCCUGCAAGAAAAGCUGUAAUGAUGAUAUUUUUUUCACAUCUUCCUUUCUCCCUGAUCCACCACAUUUUCAUUACUUUAGUACUCAAUGCAACUGUUGUCUUGCUCGCAAUGUAUGUGCCUGACAUCAGACACUUUUUUGGAGUAGUUGGUUCUACCACAUCAACAUGCUUGCUCUUUGUAUAUCCUGGACUAUUUUAUCUUAAGAUUAGUACAGAGGACUUUAUAUCACGGCAAAAACUUGGGGCUUGUGCACUGCUAGUUUUUGGCCUCUUUGUUGGUCUUCUCAGUUUAUCGGUAAUCAUAUACGGUUGGGUCCACCAGUGAAAGUAUUCCUGCCUUCAAAAAUGUAGAACUGCGUAAGAACAGCUGCUUAAAUGAAUGAUUUCCACAGUGUCUUAAAUAAAAUUAUUCUGCCAAGUGCUGAAGAAAGUUGAGUGUUGGUAUUCUGUAGGACUCUGUGUUAACUUGCAUAUUAACAACUACUUGAAAUAGCUGGAGAAGUUAAUUCAGAGUUUUGGAGUGAAAUGCUUUCAUUAUUUGAUGACAUCUUGCUCUACUGCAUCUUACCUUCUAGUCCUAAAGAAACUAUCCGUACCCUUAAUGUUAUCUAAUCUUGAUCAUGGCCUGGAUGAGGAACAGCAAAGCUGAAAUUCAAUCCAGACAAGAUGGAGAUAUUGUUGGUAAGGAAAAAAUUAAAGUGAUUAAGGUGAUGUUGGUUCUGAAUGAAGUUGUGCUCCUUGAGAAUAAGCAGGUUUGCAAUUUUGGAAUGGCGUUUGACUCCCAAGCUGUUACUGGAUUUGCAGAUGGCAGCUGUGGGAAGGAACAUGUUUGCCCAAGGGCAGCCAGUGUACCAACUGCAAUCCUUUCUGAGCCAAUUAGCCUUAUUGAGAAUUAUCCAUGGCUUGGUUAUGUGGAGCUACCCAUGAAAAAUGUCCAGAAAUUGUAAUUUGUAGAAUGUAGCAAUUGGUGCAAGGUUCAGGAUCAUAUGGUCCCUGUACUGAACAUUUCUCUUGGCUACCAGUUGCCUACUGGAUAGAAUUUAAGAUGUUAGUGUUAUAAGAAUUCAGAGUCUGUCUGUCUAGCAGUGGGUUAUAUCAUUGAGAUCUAGCUGCAUUCACAGAUGAUUCCAAUUUAAAAAGAAAAGAUCUGUUUUAGUCUUGUUAUAGAAGAUCCAUUGGAGGAGAUUAUUUCAGUUUAUAUCCUUGAUAGAGCUGUGUGAGAGAAGUUUCCAUUAUAUUGGAGUGCACAUGUUGUCAGAAAGCAGCAACAAACUAAACCCUCUAUCCCUGAUUAAUGUACAUGAAUUGGGAAUUAAUUCUUUCUUGUCCCAAUGUAAUCUUCAUCUGCCUGCUGUUGCCAUUCCAACAAGUAUUAACUUUCUAAAGCCCUGCAUGAGACCCAGCUUGGUAUAGUGGUUAAGGCAGGCUAGAAAUCAGUAGACCAUGGAUUCUAGUUCUGCCUUAGGCACAAAGCAAGCUUGGUCCAGUCACUGUCUCUUGGCAUUAUCACUCUCAUGCAUUUCUUUGCCCUGUAAUCAAUAGCUAGUGAAGUUGAGUGCACAGAGCAUAAUAUCACAUUACAUUGUCUAGUUCAAGUAUUUGGUGCGAUAAUGGAACUAACCAGAGAUUGAGGGUCACUCAGAGCAAAGUCACAUUUUGUUCUGACUAAUGCAACAUACACUAUAUGGGACUACCUUUGGGAGCUACAGUUGGUCCAGAAUGUGACUGCGCUUGCACUUAUGGGCUCACUUUGGUAUGCCCAUGUGACCCUGAUACUGUGUGAGCUAUGUUAGUUGUCUGUUAGCUUCUGGUUGCAAUUCAAAGUGUUGAUAAUCAUCUUUGAAGCCCCUCAUGAAUUAGGGCCUGAUUAUUUGUAGGACUACCUUUCUCUAAUUGUCUCUGCUCAUCCAAUAAGAUUCAACAAGGUUGACAUGCUCCAGGUUCCCUCUCUAAAGAAAUGUCAUCUUAUGGGAUCCUGGAAUCCCUUCUUUGUUGCCACUCCUGCCUCCCCACAAGGUCCACAUGGCCCCAACCCUGCUGUCUGUUAGGGAGGCCAUAAAGGCCUGGCUCUUCCAGCAGGUUGGGCUAUGGGGCCACUAGUAUGCUAUGACUAGUUUAACUUCUUGUAUUCCUGGACAAUUGUUUGUUACUUGGUUCUUCGUUUACUGUUAUUUCGUGUUUUUAACUUGUCCUGUAUGCUGCCUUAAGUCAUCUGAUGAUUCGGCAACCUUAGAAAUUCAAUAAAUAAAUAAAAUAAAAAUUGCAGG